AUGGCUAGCAACGCAUCGACAGAGGCGCCCGCCUCGUCUGUGGCGGAAGGAGAAAAAAGUUAUACUCCGCCUCCUGCGGAAUUGCCCUCCGACACUCGAAGACGAACCUACAUUGUCUGGUCGUACUGGCUGAUAGUGGUGUUCCUCGGCCUCCCCAUAUGGUGGCAGACAACGGCCAUUCACCGCGCACACCUGCCGCUGGAUGGCAUGAUGCAAUGGGCUGAUGGAAAGGCGUGCCGACCCGUCUUCCCCCUCCAGAUUGAGAUUCGCGCCGAUGCACUCCAAGAACCGGAGGCGCAACACCUCGUGCGCCUGACACAGCACGCUCUCGACGACCUCAAUGAGUUUUCGGGCCACCACCUGCGCCUGCAGCUGGCCCCCAAGGACGAGACGCGCGCCGCCCGCGACGAGCCCGAGCCCGCCCUGAUCAUCAACUGCAGGCCCGGCGAUGCGGCGACGUCGUCGCUCAGCCAGGAGCAGCCGCUCCUCGAAAUCACAUACCCGCCAAACUCUACGCCGCAGCUCAACUCGGCGUCCUCGCCCCUCGCGACAUUCAUCACCAACGAGCUCCGAUCCACGUUUGCCGAGGAGCAGUCCAUCAUCGCCUACCUCCUGUCGACCUCGUCCAUGGCCUCGGGCAGCCGACCGCCGAGCCUGACGCCCGACGUGGCCGAGGCGCUCUCGAAGCGCACGACGCGCUCCCUGCGAUACUCGCCGACCUAUCACCUGACGUUUUCGCUGCUGACCGACCGCGGGCUGCCAAAUUCGUGGGACGUCGAGGGCGCUCUGGAAGAGUACAUUAAACCCAUGCUCGAGGUGCUCAAGCCCAUUCACAACUUUACGAUUGACACCCAGGUGCAGCUCUACGCUACGCCGGGCGACCAGUCCGAAGUGCUGAACAAGGAAAGCCUGUCCUCUUUCAUAAAUGCUGCUGAGUGGCCGCUGUCUCCCUCGAUUGGUGGCGCACCUACAGUCAACUUUCUGCUAUACGUCGGGAACCAAACCAUCCGCCUCGACGACAACUCCGAUACAUCACAAUCAUGGAUGAUUCCCCAAUGGGGCACGGUGUAUCUUUUGCCUCUGCCAAAGAACGAGGCCCACGUUUCCGUUGCCACUCUGAAGCAGCCCAUGCUCACCUUCGGUGGCCAUCUGCUGUCUCUCCUCGGCACGCCCGUAUCCGGCUCUCUGCCGCUGCGCCUCUCAUCGCUGACACGCAUCCGGUCCACCGACUUGCUGCUCCGAGCCUCGUCGUCGCUCGGCUCCUUGGCUCGCCUGACGGAGAAGCUGCCGUCCAUUGCGAUCCCCCAGAGCGUCGCCGACGGCGUCGAGACGACGCUGCAUCACCUGGAACAGGCAUGCGCCAACCUUGGUGGCGUCCAGGGCCUGACGCAUGCGCGCAUUGCGGAGCAGGAAGUCGAGCGUGCCUUUUUCGAAAAGAGCAUGGUCGGCCAGCUCUACUUCCCCGACGAACAUAAGAUUGCAGUGUAUCUGCCCCUGCUGGGACCUAUUUCGGUGCCGCUGAUCAUGGGCCUGAUGACGGAGCUGAAGAACUGGAUCGCAAGGCGCAAGAAGAAGGCCGAGGAAGCCAAAGAGAAGAAAAGCCAAUAG